AUGUGUCUCCUGCUGGGAGUCACUGGCAUCAGGGAGACAUGGCUGAUAAAGCAACUGCAGAAGAUGAGCGCCCCUCAUAGGAAGGGUGACCUGGGGUAUCUGCCCCCGAUGCGGCCUACGGUGGGCACCAACCUCACUGAUAUCAUGAUACAGAAGAAGGUCAUCACUAUUAGAGAGCUGGGGGACUGCACAGGCCCCAUCUGGCCCAGUUACUACGGAAACGGCUAUGCUCUCCUGUUCAUGGUGGACGCUUCUGACCCCAUGCAGCUCUUGGCAUCCUAUGCGCGCCUUCCGGGUCUCCUGUCCGCAGAACAACUCACAGAAGCGUCACUUCUAAUAAUCUUCAGUAAAAUUGACCUGUCCUGUUACGUGAGCAUGGAGGAGAUGAAGUCAUUACUAAGGCUCUCGGACAUCAUUGCCUGUGCCAGGCAGAACCUCAACACAGUGGAGGGUGCAGGUUUGGCCAGGGUGCUUUGCUGGCUACAGAAUAACCACAGAGCCAGCAGUUGA